GGGUCAGAGGUCACCUGCAGGGUCAUUUCAGGAGUGAGACACUUGACAUUGAGGUGAUGUGAAGAGGACCACCCAGCAACGCUCUCUGUCUGAGGCUUGUUUACUACAUCCACUGUCUGAGUUUUAGGAACCAUGAGCAACUGGACCUGUCAAUCAAUGUGAAUGGUGAAGAGGAUCCAGAAUAGGUAAUACAGCACCUUAAGGCUGUCGUUAAACUUUGAUGAGCAUCUGCCAGGAAUUCUCAGCAGCAGCAGCGGUGGUUAUAUCUUAAGAGAGACGGUGGACCAUGUAGGGACCAUGUGGUGACAAGCCUGCCCAGGGAGGAGCAGAUAAUACAGGGAGAGAAAAAUGAUCCCCUGCAGCUCUCUUUCAUAGGGUCAGAGGUCAAACAGUCUACCUAUGAGAGGUCUACCUGAUGAAAUCAAGUGAGUCAUGCUUUGGUGCAGAUGUGGUGUCCUACUGGUUCUCUGCAUCUGUCCUCCAGCCUGCCUCAUUCCGUCUCCCUGUCCUCCUGGCUGCUGCUGUCCUCGCCCAGGAUUCCUGGUCUUGUGCGAGUCCCUGGGUCUCAGCUCGCUUCCUCGCUCUGUCCCUCUCAGUACCUCGGCUCUAUCGGUGGCGAGGAACCAGCUCUGUAACGUGGACCACCUGCUUCGGCCCUUCUCUGACCUACAGGAGCUGAGCCUCAGUCACAAUCUGCUGGCCCGCUUCCCUCGUGGUCUGCCCCCCAGCCUGGAGUCCCUGCUGCUGCAGGAGAACCGCAUCACUUACAUCACCUCAGGCGCCCUGCGACAACUGGGGAACCUCACUCGCCUGGACCUGGAGGACAACCGCAUCCGUGCCAUCCAACCCGGGGCACUCCAGGGACUUAACAAGCUGCAGGUCCUGACACUGAAGGGGAACAAGCUCACAAGCCUCCCUCUGAAUCUUCCCCCAUCACUGACCCAUUUAGACCUCUCAGCAAACUGCAUCUCUGUCCUGGACCUGCCCUCGCUGUCCGCCCUGGUCAACCUGCAGGUCCUGAAGAUCAACAGCAACUGCCUGCGUUCAGUCCCAGAGAGAGCCUUCGACGGCCUGCCACGUCUCAGAUCUGUGGACCUCGCCAACAACCUGUGGGUGUGCGAGUGUGACAUCUUGUAUCUGUACCGCUGGCUGCUGAGUGGCAGGCUGAGGAUGGCCACAGACCUGGUGUGCACAGAGCCGGUCCAUCUUGCUCACCGCCUGCUUCUGGACCUCUCUGUCAUGGCUAUCUGUCCUCAUGUGCUGAAGCAAAAUGAGAGGACAGACCAACUGGACCUCAACUCUGCACUAGAGAGGAAGCUAGAGACGGCGACGGUGAACCCAACGGGACCAAGCUUGUUUAAAAACAAGAGGCAUUUGGGAAACUUGUCAGAGCAAAUAUCACAAGAAACCACUGUUGGACUUCUUUUCAAAGAUGCUCACAAGACUCGUGUGUUACUUGACCACUACUCUUUAGAGACCCUUACCUAUGAGGAGUGCUUGUUCCUAAAUAAAACACAAACAGUGAGCCCAUCCAGUUUAAAAACCACUACUUCUAUCCCCGAUGAGCAGAAAUGCAACAUCACAGGUCAGCCCCCUCAGAUAAAUGCAACCUCUGCUGAAGGGACACAAACUUUACUCUCCACAAACAGAGAUGCACCCUGGCCCACCCCCGAGCUACGCCUGUUAACACAACAUGACUCUGCAGUGGUCAUAUCUCUGCUUGCUGUGUUAUGUGUGUUAGUAGCUCUCCUAAUGCUGGCAGUGCUGGUGGUUCUAAAAAAGGUACUUCUGCGCCAACAGAGGGUGGCUCCGCUUGAUGCAGGAUCUGGUGGAUGACAUCGAUACAGACGCACUUAAACAUGUUUUUUUUAAUAACUUUACUCACAAUAAGCACAGUCUCAUACAAUAUUCUGUAUAAUGCCUUUGUAUGUGUACUUUAGCUGUCGACCUAACUGCAUAUUCACACUGUAAUUUUAUACAAUCAAGCCAAAUAAAGCCUAAAUGCCAAAAGUACAUAUAAAAGAAAACACACCUCAA